AUGUGGGUAAUCUCUAGAUCUUCUUGCAAAGUCUAUAGAUCAAUGAAAUGGUUGUCAAAUCGUCUCCUACGGCUAUCACCCGGCGGAGAGGGAAAACGGUGACUUUGUGGCUCUUCGAUGGCUGUCACCUAAUGGAGAGGAGCUGGAUGGAGGUGGGACGCAUGUUAGAGAGCUUCAUCCUCAAGUUCACGCAGCAAGAGGAGGCUCUUUAUCACAUCUGGUAUGCUCUCAGGAGGUGGUGACUCGUCUCUUAGUGGAUCGUCCUCUUCCUGACGACAACUUGUUCAUCAAUCAAUCGAAGAUGCUUUACUUGAUGGAUUCACGAUCCUUUUAUCGCAAAUCGUUCUUAAGUGGAUAGCCAAUGGUCAACUUUGUCCUUAAGUGUAUGAGGAAAUAAUUUCAUCUUAAUAAUUUUCAGUGUAACUUGAGAGAGAUUAACUAAAUCACAGACUAUAUGAAAUUUUUCUAAGUGCUGAUGAGGUUCCUCUAAAAGCAAUUUAUGAAAAUUAGGGAGCAUUUGAAAAAUUCUUGAAUUUAUUUCAAAUUUAAUAGUGAGUGAUGAUGGGACUCUAAUAUUAGAUGUUCUUUGAAAUGAAUCAAGGAUAUAAUGAUUUUUCAUGGCCAUAGGAUUGUUCCCAAUUUGACUUGUACUUCCUUUAGGAUCCAUCAAAAUUAAUUUUUCUUUCAGAUUUCUAAUUUUUAAUAAAAUAAUGAAAAGAUCUUCUACCAUGCAUAAAAAAAAAAAAAAUUUGAGAAAAAAGUUUAGCAAUUAUUACCCUCCUUCAAUAUACUCUAGUCCCUAUCUUGCUUAUCUUUGUUCCUUUUUUUAAAAAAAAAAUCAGCAAGCAAAAAAUAAAACAAGAGUUAAAUUUUUUUUGCAUACUCUAAGAGAAAAAUACAAAAAUAUUAAUUUUGAAAUUUAAAAUUUAUAAAACUAGAAAAUAUAAGUUUUUGAAUAUUUAGAAGUAUUUUUGAACAAAUAUAUCAAUAAUAAUUUAAUAAAAAUUUCAAAAAUAGUAGAAAUUUUCUAGGUCAGUCAUAGGGAUGUAAUAUAAUAUCAGGUAAUUAUUCAAAAUUUGCCUCAAAGAAUAUUAUUUUCUAUGAAUUAUACACUAGGAAAUAAAAAUUAAAUGUAUUUAAAAUUCAUAAAAUGGGAAAUAAGAGUGCAGACAUCAGGAUGACGUCAGUGCUUGAUGAAUGCAAAUCAUAGUUCCACCCAGCGAUUCUUACCUAAGUGAUUAGAGAUGAUUUAAUUGAUCAAAUUAAGAUUUGUAAAAGUUGAAAGAAUUGUAAUUGAAUAAAGUAUAUCUUGGUAAAUUUAAAUCACAUAAAUUAUCUCUAAAUAAAGUGAAAAGUAAGUUGAAAGUAAGAAAAUAGAGUUUCAAUGUCGCAGUGGUGAUGUGUCGGUGAUGCACCGAAAUCUUGAGCAUUCAGGAGGAUUGUCAUGUAGUGUUCACAGCCUCAAAGGCUCUCUUUGGACAAGGACGACAUGGGCAAUCUCUAGAUCUCCUUGCGAAGUCUAG